CCCCGGGCGGUGCAGCGGCGGUCGAGGCUGCCGGGAUCCGUAGUGCGGAGGAAGCGAGCGGGAUGUUGCCGGUGGCGCUGCCGUUGGAGCGCGAGCGGGACGGGGCGCUGCUGCGGCUGCGCUUCACCUGGCUGGCGGCCGGGACGGUGGGCUGCCCGCUGGGCGGCUUCCUCUUCUGCCUGGCCUGGUCGCUGCUCUUCCACUUCCAUGAGGCCACCGCCACCCACUGCGGGGUGCCGAACUACCUGCCGUCUCUGAGCGCCGCCAUCGGAGCCGCCACCCCGGAGCGCUACGUCUGGCGCCUCUGCAUCGGCCUCCACUCGGCGCCGCGGCUGCUGGUGGCCUCGGCCUACUGGCGCCACUACCGCGGCUGCCCCUGCCUUCACCCGCGCUACUCGCGCCUCUGCCACGCCGUCCUGGCCCUGUCGCUGGCCGAGAACCUGGGCCUCCUCCUGCUCACCUACGUCUCCUCCGCCGAGAACCACGGUUUUCACCAACACGCCUUCGGCCUCUUCAUUGUGUCGGCCCUCGGACACAUGUUCCUGACCUGCCUCCUCUGGCGGCUAACCAAGAAGUAUGCCAUCAGUCCGGAGGAGCGCAAGUCCUACAAGUGGAAGUGGUGGCUCUUCCUCUUCAACCUGCUGACCUUCCUGAUGGCCGUCUGCUGCUACUUCCGCCACAACCUCUACUGUGAGGCUGGAGUGUACACGAUGUUCGCCUUCCUGGAGUACCUGGUGGUGCUGUCCAACAUGGCCUUCCACAUGACCGCCUGGUGGGACUUUGGCAACAAAGAGCUGGUGGUCAGCUCCCAGCUAGAGGACAAGCGCUUCUAG